CUGGUCAUCGCCAUUGAAAUGCGCAUGUAGACAGUAGGACAAUAGACAGGAACCAAGUCUGUGGAAUGGCAGAGUUAGAGUUGUAUCCCUUGGCGUAAAAUGGAGACUUGACAACAAGUAAACAACCAAGGACGUAUAUACGUCUUUGUAAACAACCUACGAAAGUUUGAAUAAAGGGACUUGAUUGACAAAAUGGGGAAUGCCAGUUCUGCAUUAACAGAGGCCCAGCAACGAGAGCUGACACAGAUAACACCAUUCAAACCACGGGACCUGGAGCGUCUGUUGAAGCGCUAUUCCAACUAUGAUCCUUCAGAGAGAGGCGUUCGUGGCAUCACAUUUGAUGUAUGCAUCACGAUUCCUGAGUUUUGUGGAAACAAGUUUGCCCCUCAGGUGAUUGCAAGUUACCAGGAUGCCAACUCCAAGAAAAUCUACCCCAAGCAGUUCCUGUUAAUCUGUGCCAUACUCAGCUCAAAGACAUCUCCUCAGAAAAAGAAAGAGUAUCUGUUCGAUAUGUUUGAUGUUUACAAGACGAACGUGUUCACUCAUGAUGAAAUGUUCCGCAUCUACAAGACCCUCCUAGGAUCUGCUGUGAGCGACAACGUCAUCCUUGACCUUACAUUCCGGGCACUAAGGCAUCCCGACCUUGCAAAUGAAGGAGAGAUAAGAAAGGAAGAAUUCAUCAAAAUGAUUCCGGACAAUGAAAUCAUGCAGAGGAUGACCUUGGAUCUCUAGAUUCCAUGAGAAACAUCACUGAGACCUUGAACGUUGGAGCAAAGUCAACUUCAGCAUCCUGCUCAAUGUUCAGCUUCAUCUGAUCUCUCUACUGUGCUGGAAGAUGAGCCUUGAGGCUGUGAGCCGAACGGAACUUUCCACUUUUAGUCCCACUCAUGAGCAUUGUGAUAUGCUGAUAAACUAAGGAUUGGAGGGGAAAUUUAAGAUUCAAACCCAGCAUUGGUGGAUCCUAGUAUGGUAAAGGGACACAACUCUGUAAUGCAAAUUACAUGGCCUUGGUCAACUGGGGCACCCACAUGAAAUGCCUAUGGAGACUAUAGUCCUUAAAGUGAUUAUGGUUCUUCACAGCAUUAAGGCUGGUUCAUCAUGUGAUGAAGAACUGUUGACCUGUUGAAUUGUUGAAUUGUCAAUCAUAGAAGUGUUAGCUGUGUCCAGUCCAGUUUCUGAAUUUGGUGGAACAAGUGCUGUCGCUUGAGGAAGAGCACAAACUUGUCUAUCACUACCUUUAAUGUGGAUAUUUAUGCUCAAAGAACUGCAUUAUUGCUUAAGUUUGUGGAUCAGUUGAUAUUUUGUUAUCAGCUACUCACAAGUAUGCUAUCUCAGCUGCCAGUGAGGUGUUAGAAAGGUUAAAAGUCAUGUUAGUGUCUCAUCCUACUGGGUACCCAGUUGCUGCAGGUUGAACAGAAC